GCUGAUCGUUGUCAAGCUAUCACAAAGCAGUAGCAGCAGUGGCGACGGAAGCUCUGUAACAUCCACAAUGGUCCUCGCCUUGGACAUCAUUUGAUGAAACGUCUUACAAAUCUGACACCUUGACACCCGCUUCUCUUGCGUGUUUACUGGAAACUUCCUCGCACUGAAAAGGCCCGAAAGGUUUCCAGUCGCCGUGCCGGAAUCGGACGCGGAGAACGCAACCGUUUCAAAACUGAACUGGACUCAAUGAGGGAGCCCGAUCGGGAGGAGCAGCAGCACCAGCAGCAGCUUGACGACAACAUGCCCCCCAAGUUCAAGAGACAUCUCAACGACGAUGAGGUCACGGGAUCCAUUCGCAGCGAGAGGAGGAACCUGCUGGAGGAAGACUCCGAUGAGGAAGAAGACUUUUUUCUCCCGUUCUACAGGCGCGGCCCCACGGGACCCCGAUUGGGAGGCCAGAAUGACAAACUCAAACAUGUGCAGUCGCAGGUGGACGAGGUGAUUGACGUGAUGCAGGAGAACAUCUCCAAGGUGAUCGAGAGGGGCGAGCGUCUCGACGACCUGCAGGACAAGUCGGAGAGCCUAUCGGACAACGCGUCGGCCUUCAGCAGCCGAGCCAAACAGCUGCACAGGAGGAUGAUGUGGCGGAACAUGAAGAUGAAGAUGAUCAUCGCUCUGGUCGUGAUUGGUCUCCUGCUGAUUAUAAUUAUUCCUGUGAUUCUGCGGUAUCGUUAGUAUCCAAGGAGGACUGCGACGGGCUGCCCUCCUUCCUCAUCUCGUCACACGGCCCUCUAAUCUGGAUUCGGGGCAGGAAGGGGGAGUGGACACCGGUCACCCCCUCCGUCUUCAGUGAUCAUGACAAAGUUCGGGCCGGCCGCCUUCAUCCCUGUUUUGGAGUUUUAGAAAGCAUAGACUCGGUUUCUUUGCUGCAAGUAGUACAGUUCAAAUGUGUGAUGACAUUAUCGUGUAGCUUGCCAAUCGAUUUAAACGAGGAGAGGAAGGUCCAUGCGGAGAACCACAACGGCAGACUUUUGGUCUUCUUCGUUCUCUUUAGUCUGUGUAUUUUCUCCAAUGGCCAAUUACUCGACCAACAAUGGAAGCUCAAAAGUGAAAGUGGAUGUACAGAACUGAAUCAAACCACAACAGCGUUUUUAAAAAAAUAUUAUUGUUGUAUGUUUUAUUUGUUUUUAGCCAUGGCCGUAAUGGGCACAAUGGGUUUCAGGAGCGCCACCCAAAACAUUAGAAUGCAUCAUGCUGCUCUUUGCUGGUUAAAGGGCCAAAAACAAAACCUGUCAUGAAUGUCCUCUGGGCUGAUGUGGUCAUCCUCCCUGUUUCUGCUUUGGUUGGUUGUUUGUUUGUUUGUUUUUUUGUCCUGAUGAAUCUGACACUUGGGCUGUUCUGACGGUUAUGGGGUGGGCGUGAGUCAUUUCAAUCUUUGUGGACCUAAUCUCUCUUUUUUUUUUUUAAUUGUGAAAUGGUCUGGACAUUAAACUCUUUAAUUUAUUCCACGAUGUACAUAUUGAUCCUGUCAUAAUUUACCGUGAAAAAUCCCUCCCUUCUCAACCUGCUCUCCGUCUGAAAUAAAGUGCUUUUAAAAGGUC